AUCAAGAAAAGAAAGAAUAUGGGAUACGCGUAUUCCCUUUGUUUGCCAACUCUAAAUUUCAACAUCUCCUUGAUUUCUCCUGGAUUCAAGUUUCAAAAAAAUCAAUUCUCCCAACAAUUCCAAAUCAUCAUCAAAACAUUCCUAAUUCAGAACAAUCAACAUUAAAGUCUAAACCUAAUUCUUUUGCUUAUAUACAACAAGAAAAGGGAGAGAGAAAAAACAAUAACAACGGCCGCAACACCGUUACUGCGCCUUCUCUCCACCAUCCACCAACACCAUCAUUACCAAUCACACAUCAGCCACCAUCUUCAACAUAUCACCACCAAUACAAACCACCCAUAAAAUCAAAAACCCACUGUCAAAAAACAAUAACAUCAAAAAGAAGAAAAAUCAAAGCAAAGAAGAAUAGAAACAAAAUCAAAUUGAAAGGGAAAAGAAACAUAGAAGGAGCAGAAUAAUAAAGAAAAGGAGCUCUCGUUGCCGCUGCAAAUACGGCGAACCACCGAGUCACUUUUACUGCCGUCGAAUCCGCCCCCACUCAUCACCACUUCCUCCGCUGCGAAUUUGCUCUCUCCCUGCGCCAGAGCUCCUCUUUUGCCGCCGGUUAUCAGGUUUAAGGAUUCGUUACGUGGUAUAGUUUGCCAAUCGUUCGCUUUGGGAGCACUUUUGGUGAGGAGCUUAGUAUAGGCUGCCUUUAGUAUUAGUUUUCUUUUGGUUGAGUUGUAUAAUUAGUGCUCUGGUAUUUGUAACAUCAUGUCGGGGUGAACGUUUGAAUUUCGUCGUAUAUCGACGUGGUAUCUUUUUACUUGAGGUUUAUGUAAAUUAAAUAUCUUUUGAUGCUUUUGUAUAUAUGAAAAUCCUAAACGUUUUCCGCUGUAGAUUCUCAUGUUAUGUGCAUGAAUGUUGAAAAUGUUUUUCCGUAACGCUUCGACUAUUUACUUUUAAAAGUUUUUAAAAAAUUACGUUUUAAGGGUAGUUUAGUUCGGGGUGUUACAAUAGUGGUAUCAGAGCAGGUCGGUUCAUGUGAACCAAUUAGGAUUUUCUUUUCCCCGUAUGAAGCAUGUGUUGGGUACGCUGUUAAUACAUUCUAACGUCGAGUUGUGGUUCGUUCAGGAAUCAUGGCUGCUGCAAGGACCAACGCUCAGAUCGCACAGGUUUUAGCUACAUUGACUACUUUAGUGGCAAGGGAUAAUGAUCCUGGAAGGGAUAGUGAGAAGAGAUUGGAAAGGUUUAUGUCACAUAAACCAACUUUGUUUACCGGAGGGUACAAUUCGGAGGGAGCUAUUAAGUGGAUGGAUGAAGUGGAAAUUAUCUUUGAAGCUAUGGGAUGUACCGAAGAGAACAAGACCAUCUUGGGGACGUAUGUGCUCAGGGAGGAAGCAAACAUUUGGUGGAAGAAUGUGAAGCUGAGAAUAGGAGUGGAAGGUGUUGCUAUUGGAUGGGAGGUAUUCAAACGGGAGUUUUUGAAGAAUUAUUUUCCAGCUGAUGUGAAGAACAAGAAGGUAAUUGAGUUUAUGGAGCUCAAGCAGGGAAACUUGUCGGUCGCUGAAUAUUCAGCCAAGUUUGAGGCAUUGUGCGUGUUUAGUCCGCACUACAACACGGUGGAAGCCGAAGAAGAUAAGUUUGUCAAAUUUGAAAGUGGGUUGCGUCCUGACGUCAAGAAACUCAUUGGAUUUUCAGAAAUCCGGGAUUUUCCAACUCUGAAGACUAAGGCUAGAAUUUGUGAUGAGGACAGAAAGGCUAAGUCAAGCUAUUACAAGGCUUUGAACGACAAGAGAAAAGGACAGGACCAUGCGAAGCCUUAUGACAACAAGGGUAACAGUAGUGGAAAGAGGAAGCAAGGUAACGGGCAAUGUUACAAGUGUGGAGAGAGGGGUCAUAAGUCUUAUGAUUGCCCGAGGAAAGGCAACAAGUGCUUUAGUUGUGGAAAGAUCGGGCACAAGGCAGAUGCUUGUCGUGAGAAGGUAUUUUGUUUCAAUUGUGGCGAGGAAGGUCACAAGAGUCCUGUAUGCCGGAAGCCGUGGGUGGCCAGAUGAAGUGUUCGUUCCCGAGUAUUUCUAGGUUAUCAGGUUUAAGGAUCCGUUACGUGGUAUAGUUUGCCGAUCGUUCCCUUUGGGAGCACUUUUGGUGAGGAGCUUAGUAUAGGCUGUCUUUAGUAUUAGUUUUCUUUUGGUUGAGUUGUAUAAUUAGUGCUCUGGUAUUUGUAACAUCAUGUCGGGGUGAACGUUUGAAUUUCGUCGUAUAUCGACGUGGUAUCUUUUUACUUGAGGUUUAUGUAAAUUAAAUAUCUUUUGAUGCUUUUGUAUAUAUGAAAAUCCUAAACGUUUUCCGCUGUAGAUUCUCAUGUUAUGUGCAUGAAUGUUGAAAAUGUUUUUCCGUAA